CUUAUUUAAAUAAAAUUAAAUAUAUUUAUUUUUCAUUAUCUUCUAUUAUUAUAUUCCAUAAAAUCAUUUGCAUUAUUAUUAUUUUAGUUAUAGUUUCUAUUCUAAGGACCUUAAUAUAUUUAUUAAUUAUCUACAAUUUAAGAAAUCUAAGAUUAAGAAGCGUAGUAUUAAAUUUAGCUUUAAUUAUUAUUAGUAAAAUUAGGUUAAUAAUAAUUAGUAGUAUUUGGAUUUAAGUUUUAUUACUAAAUCUAUUGAGGCAAAAAUUACUAAUUUUAUUGUUACUAAGCAAAUUAUUAUUAAUGAGAUAUUUAUUAAGGAUUUUAUUGAAUUUAUUAAUUUUAUAUUUAUUAUUAAUUUAUAUAUUAUUAUUAAUGAUGCUGAUGUUACUAAUUUAUAUUUUAAGGUUAUUAAUUUUGAAAUAAUUGAAAAUUUUAUUACAUUAUAUUUUUUUCCUAUUAAUACAUAAAUUAUAACUCUUUUAAUAUUGUUUUCAAUUCAUCUUAUUUUAAUUAACUUUCA